AUGGAUGUGUGCCACGUGUGCGACUGCAUCGCGCUGGUUCUGGAGGAUGCCCUCCGUGCACUGGGCUUUGCAAAGCCAAAGCAAAGUCCGCAACUGUCCUUGGCCCUUGCCGCGGGGUUUGCUGCUCUGCCGGGACCGUCAACGUCUGCCGCGCAGGGCUUACCGGUGGCCUGGGCGGCCAUGGACCUGCAUGCCCUGGCGUGGGCGGCGCCGUGCAUGAUGCUCUUGAGCUCGGGGACCAUUUGGUGCAGGGCCCAGAGAUAUGAGGAGCCAAAGCGGCGGCUGGCGCAGAGUGCGUCCCAGGUGCUGCUGGCGUCCACAGCUGUGCAGCUUGGCGUUUGCACCCUGGACGCCGCAGACGUUCUUCAUCCCUGGGCGGCCUUGCGCCUGUCUUCGCCCUUCCUCGCGUGCAGAUUCUUGCAGGAUGUGGUGAUCCUGCCAUGGUGGACGCUUGCGCUUGGCGAAUCCAUGAACCAGCCACAUCAAGCCGCGCUCGCCUCCAUCUACAGCUCUGCUGGUGGGCUUUUCCAGCUCACUGCACUGCUUUCGGACCGGCUGCCUGCCAUCGUCACGUGCUUGGUCCCCGCGGCGUACUGCAUCUCAGCUGCCGCCGUCAAAGUGCUGCAGCUAGCUGCGCAUCGAGGUGUUGACAAAGGACUACAGAUGAGCAGCUUUCUGCUGGUCUUCUACAUGACGUCCAGCAUGACCAUGGAGGUCUUGGGGGUGUCGCAUCGGGUCAGCGAGGGCCAGAUGAUCGCGGAAUAUGCCGCGGUGGACCUGCUGUGCAAGGUCCCGAGCUGUCAUAUCUUUACCCGCUCCCUUGCUGGCACGAGUCAGCUCGACGAGCAGAUUGAAGAAGAGGAAGACGACUUCCGACUGUGUUCGAACGGUGCGGUGGGAUACUACAUUCGCAACGCUCAAGAUCAUGACACGUAUGGUCGCCUCUUCAAGUGGCUGAUCAAGUGCAUCAACACCUCGUUGUCGGACGCCAACGCCAAGAAGUCGGGGCAGUUCUUCGGGGUGCUGGACAUCGCCGGCUUUGAAAGCUUCGAGCAGAACUCGCUGGAGCAGCUGUUCAUCAACCUCAGCAACGAGCACCUGCAACAGCAUUUCAACAACCACAUCUUCAAGAUGGAGUUGGACGACUACAAAGCCGAGGGCGUGAACGUCGGGGACGGACUCAGCUUCAACGACAACUCGGACAUCGUGACCCUGAUCGAUUCCAAAGGCGGCAUUCUCUCGGUUCUGGACGAAGAGGUCGCGAUGCCCAAGGCAACGGACACGACCUUCCUGAACAAGGUGUUCAAGGCCCAUGAGAAGAACGCCCGGCUCAUCGUGCCCAAGAUCACCGGGGGCGGCAAGUUCGGGAUUCGGCACUUUGCGGGAGAUGAGCGCCUGGCAAGUUGUCAGGCAAGUUGCGAGCGCCUCGCCGAGCAGGGCUACGGCUAUGGCAUGCCCGACUUUGAGGCUUUUGUGCAACGCGAGGUGGGUGCGCGCCUGCGAGGGGACGCGUAUCUGGACUAUGCGGCGGCAGGGCUGUACACCAAUACGCAGAUCGAUGCGCAUGCGCGUGACCUCAAGGAGAACCUCUAUGGGAACCCACACUCGCUGAGCUCUUCAGCUCAACGCAGCUCUGACUCUGUGGAGAGCGCGCGCACGGAGGUGUUACGCUUCUUGGGCGCCUCGCCCGAGGACUACGAAGUGGUCUUCACGCGCUCCUGUACUGAUUCCCUGCGACUCGUGGCUGAUUCGUUCCCCUGGAGGAACGGCUCGGAGUACAAGUACCUGCUGCAGAACCACAACUCCGUGCUGGGGAUUCGGGAUGUUGCCCGGGAUGCUGGCGCGGCAGUGUCGGUGGUGACGGAGGAGGAGGUGGAAGAUUGGCUGAGGCUGCCAGAGAACAUCGAGAAUGCCACUGAGGCACCGCUCUCCCUGUUCGCCUACCCGGCGGAGGAGAACUUUGCGGGCCGGAUCUUCCCACUUUCGUGGUCUCAGACGCUCGCGAGGCGAGGAAGCUCCGGGCUGGGCCGCUGGCGGGUGCUCUUAGACGCGUGCAAGUUCGCAGCCAGCCACCCACUGAACCUCACCGAGGCGCAGCCGGACUUCGUCACGCUGAGCUUCUACAAAGUCUUCGGCUACCCCACCGGCAUCGGCGCCUUAAUUCUGCGCUCUCAGGUGGCCCAGGAGCUGAGGAAGCACUACUGGGGCGGCGGCACCGUCUCCGUGGCCGGCGCCGGGCGCACGAAGAACGAAGAGCUCCGAGUCUUCAAGGGCCGCGCCGCUGAGAAGUUCGAGGACGGCACCGUGGCCUUCCUGGGCAUCUCCGCGCUGAAGCACGGCUUCGCGGCGCUGAAGGUCGUGGGGGGCAUGCACAAAGUGGAGAGGCACACCUCGGCGCUGGCCGGAGAGCUCCAUCGCCGGCUUCUGGAGCUGAGGCACGGCGACGGCAGCCCAGUCAUCGCCAUGUACAGCCGCGAGCCCGGCAUCGACGAGACGCGGCCUCAGGGCCCGGUGGUGAACUUCAAUGUGCUGCGUGCAGAUGGCACGCUGGUGAGCCACAUCGACGUCAUGGCCUCCGCUGCCGAGGCGGGCCUCCACCUCCGCGCGGGCAUGCACUGCAACCCCGGGGCCGCUGCCGCGAUGCUGGGCCUGCCGCCGGAGGCCAUCGCCCAGCUGGCGCAGGACUCCGCCAUGAAGGGCUGCGGCCUGGGCCCGGCGUUUGUGAGGUGCGCCGCUAGCGCGGUGGAGCGCUCCUUUGACCACAGCUGCGGUCAUCUCUACACAGGCCACGUGUCUCAGCCGCUCUUCGGUGAGCCCAUGUUGGAGAUGCCCUCGGGCUCCGUGCGCGUGAGCCUGGGGUAUUUGAGCAUCUACGAAGACAUCCAAAAGCUGAUUCGCUUCCUGCGUCGCCGAUAUGGCGAAUGA